GCAGCCGCCACCUAGAGCGUGAGGCAAUCGACGGAUCCACAGACCCAGACCUAGGCUAGGAGAGAGCGGUUCACUGGAGCUGGCGGAAGAUAACCCACUUCUCACGUCUUAAUGUCUUGCUAAGGAACUUCCUCUGCAGCACGGACCUGAGUCAGUGAGAAAUAAGAAACAAGCUGCCUUAGGGGGAGGUCACAGUCAUACCAUGGGAAACCACCUCACAGAGAUGGCACCCAAUGCCUCCGUAUUCCUGCCUCACUUCCAAGCCUUACACGUGGUGGUCAUUGGACUGGACUCAGCAGGAAAGACUUCUUUACUGUACAGGCUCAAAUUCAAGGAAUUCGUCCAGAGUGUACCCACCAAGGGCUUCAAUACAGAGAAGAUCCGGAUGCCUCUUGGAGGAUCUCGGGCCAUCACCUUCCAGGUGUGGGAUGUAGGGGGGCAGGAGAAGCUACGGCCACUGUGGCGUUCCUACACGCGGCGGACUGAUGGGAUGGUGUUUGUAGUGGAUGCCACGGAGGCAGAGAGGUUGGAGGAGGCCAAGAUAGAACUCCACCGGAUCAGCCGGGCCUCGGACAACCAAGGGGUGCCUGUGUUGGUACUGGCCAACAAGCAGGACCGGCCUGGGGCUUUAAGCCCUGCAGAAGUGGAGAAGCGGCUAGCCGUCAAAGAGCUGGCCACUGCCACCCUCACCUAUGUCCAGGGCUGCAGUGCAGUGGAUGGACUGGGGCUGCAACCGGGACUGGAGAGACUUUAUGAGAUGAUUCUCAAACGAAAGAAGGUGUCUUGGGCUGGAACUGGGAGAAAGAGGUGGUGAAGCCAGAGACUUAUGAUGACCCCACCGAUUCCAGGACACUGGGGACCACUGUGUGUCCCUUUGCCCUUCUCACUUAUGAAGGACCAGGAGCUCCCAGCCUCCGUGAAAAAAUAGGAGCAUUGGAAAAGAAUCUUUUUUGUACUUCCUUUUUGAUGCCUUCUGAGAAGUUAGGAUUUCAUAACAUCACAUUCCCUACUCAAUCUCCCACUUAAGUGAAGUGGAGGCCUGAUGGAGCUGUGGACUCAGAAUUUAAAUGUGACUCUACCUCAUCCCUGCUUCCUACCUUUUCCCUUCUGGGUUUGAAAAAAUCAAGAUGGUUUUGUGUGGAAGGGGUGGUUUGGAAAAUGGACACAAGGUCGAACUUGAACCCCUCUCCUGAAAUUAGGGUUUGUUUUCUAAGGACUUCAGAUCACAAUAAAUAGUUUCUAUUUUUUUUUUGUACAUGUGAAAUGAAAUUCUCAAGGGAAACUCCCCUCUUACCCUAUGCUCCCCCACACCUUUUUAAAGCCAUGUCUGUUCCUGUAUUAUUAAUAACAGUAAUUUUUUAAAAGGAUUUAUCUGUAUUAAUUUAUUAAAAUAGUAAAACUAUGGUCUUGGUAGACUGGUA